AUGAUGGUGAGGGGGGCAGAGAAAGGACCAGAUACAGACAAACUGACUGGCAGAAGGGACAACACCUCACUGCAAGGCACAGCUGCUACUACCACAGCCGCCAGAGAUGCUAGAGAGAGAGGAGAUGCAAUAAUAAGAGCAGUGCUCCCGUGGCUCAUUGACACUGCUGUCUUCACCUUCAACUGA